GGCGGCCGGACGGGCGGGCGCCGGUCGAACUCGGGCCGCGCGGGCUGAGAGAUCCGGAGCGCUCGGUUCCCCCCCACCCCGGACCGGAGCGGGGGCGGGUGGGGGCGCAGGCCCGGGGGAUGCUGGGCUCGGUGAAGAUGGAGGCCCAUGACCUGGCCGAGUGGAGCUACUACCCGGAGGCGGGCGAGGUCUACUCUCCAGUGACUCCAGUGCCCACCAUGGCCCCCCUCAACUCCUACAUGACCCUGAACCCUCUGAGUUCCCCCUACCCCCCUGGGGGGCUCCCUGCCUCCCCACUGCCCUCCGGACCCCUGGCGCCCCCGGCCCCCACAGCGCCCCUGGGGCCUACCUUCCCAGGCCUGGGUGCCAGCAGCGGUGGAGGCAGCAGCUCAGGGUACGGGGCCCCGGGGCCAGGGCUGGUGCACGGGAAGGAGAUGCCGAAAGGGUACCGGCGGCCCCUGGCGCACGCCAAGCCGCCAUAUUCCUACAUCUCGCUCAUCACCAUGGCCAUCCAGCAGGCGCCCGGCAAGAUGCUCACCCUGAGCGAGAUCUACCAGUGGAUCAUGGACCUCUUCCCCUACUACCGGGAGAACCAGCAGCGCUGGCAGAACUCCAUCCGCCACUCGCUCUCCUUCAACGACUGCUUCGUCAAGGUCGCCCGUUCCCCAGACAAGCCCGGCAAGGGCUCCUACUGGGCGCUGCACCCCAGCUCAGGUAACAUGUUCGAGAACGGGUGCUACCUGCGCCGCCAGAAGCGCUUCAAGCUGGAGGAGAAGGUGAAGAAAGGGGCCAGCGGGACCCCCACCACCAGGGGCGCCGUAGGGUCUGCCGCCCCGGCUGCCCCGGUCGCCUCUGCGCCCCAACCUCCGCCCCCCGAACCUGAGGCCCAGGGUGCGGAAGAGGUAGGGGCUCUGGACUGCGCCUCCCCGCCCUCCUCGACCCCCUAUUUCCCUGGCCUGGAACUCCCCGGGGAGCUGAAGCUGGAUGCGCCCUACAACUUCAACCACCCCUUCUCCAUCAACAACCUGAUGUCGGAACAGACGCCCGCGCCUCCCAAACUGGACGUGGGAUUUGCGGGCUUCGGGGCCGAGGGCGGCGAGCCCGGGGGCUACUACCAGGGCCUCUAUUCCCGCUCUCUGCUGAAUGCAUCCUAGCGGGGUGGUGGGGGGCGCAAGGGCUUGGGGUAUGGCUGGAGCCCACACCACCGCCUCGUGGAGCCUGAACCUACAGGUUACACUUGCCUCGUCCCAUCGGUUAACAUCUUGGUUGGCCUAUUACUGUGAUCUCUGUGGGCAUCGCACGGGUCCAUGGGGUACUGUGAUUAUGGCCAUUGGCGUCUCAGUGGGCCCAUUGGGUACGGCCAAGACUACCACGUUGACUGAUGUUACAGGUUGAGCCAUUGGGAGUCUGAUGGCUGCCAUCUUGGUUGGCCCCUUGAGCUCUGUGAUGGACAUCCUCUUGACUCACCCUUUGGGUGUGAUGGUGAUACUUUUUCUAUUACAUGUUCUUUGGCCCAUUGGGCCCUGUGAUCACUUUUUGGGUGGACUUCUUGGCACCAAAGUCAGCCACCAUCCUGCAGAACAUUUUUUGGUUUGUUGGGUGCUGUGAUGGCCGCCAUCUUGGUUGGCUUACAUAAGCAGUGUACCGUGUGCACCAUGACAGCCCCCACAACCCUACAACGAGGUGUGGGCCACGUGUCUCCUGGGUGUGAGUGAGUGGGGCAUGGAGACGAGACUGCUCUGGAGUUUUCUCUGGAGCCCAUCCCCCUGGUCUGGUCCAGGAGAAACCAGAAAGGACUGGUGAAGGUGUGGGGAAUUUCUACUGAAGUCUAGUUCUUGCCUGGGACGCGGGAUACUGGCUGUGUUUGACCAUUAAAGGCACCAUU